UGGCAGCGCGUCUUGUUUAGAUCUCAAAGUAGUGCAUGCUAAGUUAAAGCUGCUGGAAUCAAAUGCUCUUGUUCAUUUACGGAAAAUACCACUGUGUGAGCAGUAAUUUAGCAGAAUUUAAGAGAUAUCGUGUUAAACAGCGAGGCCAGAAGCAGAGGAACGUUGAUAAAUGGGAGUAGACAGUAGUCGGCGACUCCUUGACAACCUGUUGAUGCCUUCAUGUUUUCAGAUCAUUCAGUCUAAGCAGGGUUUGUUUUAAUUAUUACAAAUGUUCAAAGGCAACAGGGGGUUGGUAGAGGAUGUAGUCUCCUUGAGAAAUCAGCUGAUGUUAACAGAACAGAAUUUACAAUCACUGGGGGAACAACUGAGUCAGUCAGGAAAUUACAGAAAUUGUGAGGAUCAUAACAGGAGCGUAGCACACGAGUUCCCUGGUCGUCUUACUCUAGAGGAUCUUCAGAAUCCAGGAAGAACAACAGAGCAGAGGGAAUGUGUUUGUAAAUCCACCUGUGACUGCAUGCCAGAGGGAGACAUGGAGACGGAGACAUCUGUGCUCAGGAGGAAACUCAGCUCCAUCAGACAAGAGAAUGCAUCUCUGGUCAUGGAGAACAGGCAGCUCAACAGUGAUCUUGAGGCUGCUCAGCUUGAGUUAGCCAGCUCAAGGUCCAAGAUCCGUGUUUUAGGAUCUACUGUGGGAGCCAGGACCUCCAGUGUGUCCCUUAUGAAUGAGCAGAUUCUCAGUUUGGAGGCAGACCUGGACGCUCAAACAAAAGCUUUGGAGGCUGCCGAACAGAGGCUGGAAGAAAGUGACCAGAUAGUGAUGCAGAGUAACAGACUGGUGGAAAAACUUAGAGAUGAGCUUAGAGUAGUUAAAGCUGAGCUAGCUGAAAGAACACGUCUGGGUAAACGGGCGGAGCAGCAGAGAAACCAAGCACUUCGAAACGCAGAGCAGCUUACAGUUACAUUUAAGGACUACAAGGAAAAUGUUUCUGAAAAGUUACGGGAGGUGAUUGAGAGUGAGAAUCAGCUGAAGGUCAGUCUGGUGCAGUGUGACAAAGAGAGAGAGGAGCUGGAGAGAAAGUAUGCAGAUUUGGAGAGAGAGAAGGAGGGUCUACGUCACAAAAUCAGUGAACUAAAGGAGGUUCACGGCCGAACAGAGUCUCUCUCUGCUGAGCGUGUGCAUCUGCAGUCUCAGGUACAGCAGCUCUCAGAUCAGUUGAAACAGCUGCAUAAGGAGCUGGCUGACAAGGAGACGCAGCUACAAGAGGCGGCGAGUCUGAGGAGAGAAAACGAGGACCUGCGUCUCCUCACAGCCUGUCAAGAGCAAAGGGUGGCUCAGGCUCACAGAGAGAAAGAGCUGGACAGAACUGAGCUAACCAGCCUGGAGAGCAUACUGGACUUAUUACAUCUGAGAGAGAACCGGGAUAGUGCACUGUGUGUGAACCCUUGUUUGCUGCCCUCACUGUCUUACACCAGCACCACUGAAUCUUUAACAAGAAAGUCUGGUGAGCGGUAUCAGAAGCUUUUAGCGGUGUUCCAGAUGACUGAACGGGAGAAGACACGGCAGGCCAGCGCUGCUCAGAGUCUUCAGGAGAGACUGACCCGGGCCCAGGAGGAGAUUUCCUCCCUGCAGGGCUCUAUCACAGAGAGAUCCUCUCACUACCAGCAGCUUCAUAACCAGCUACUGGACAAGGCCACUCAAUCCACAUCCUUAGAGAAAGAGCUAAAAAAGAAGAGCUCGCGUGUUGCUGUGCUGGAGAAACAACUACAGGAGAAGAGUGCAGCUUAUUCCCAGGUGGCAAUAAAGACCAGCCAACUUGAACAAGAUCUCAUGGAAAAGGCCAGCAGCAUUCAGCACUACCAGUCAGUUUUGAGCAAGAAGCAGAAGGAAUAUCAGCAGGCUAUAGAGAAAUCCAAGAUUUCCCAAUCACACAAAUGCAAGGAACUGGAGGACAAAAUAGAGGUGCUAAAGUUGUCUCUGGCUCAGAAAGAAACUCAAAUUGAGGAACUUCGAGAAAAUAUGUCUGAGCUUCUACGUGAGAAGCAGGAGUCACAGCAGAAAUUUGCUCUUCUGCAGACAACUAUAGAGCAACUCACUGAGGAUUUCACAGCCAAAUCUAAAUGCUGUGAGGACACACUUAGAGAUUUUGAAGAGCAGGCCACUAACUCUGCAUCAAAGGUGAGGAGCCUGCAGACAGAACUGUCCUCCUGUAAAGAGGAGCUGAGUCGUUACCUCCUGCAGAUGAAGGAGGUAAAGAAAAAUCAUGAGCAAGAAAUGGAGGGGAAAAACUUUCAGCUCUCAGAGCUGCAGGAAGGGCUGAGGAGGAAAUGUCUGGAUUAUCAGAACUCCAGUGAGGAGAACCUGCAACUACAAAACUCCAUCCAGAACCAGAACACCAUGCUGCAGGAAAGUACGUCACGUAUCGCACAGCUCGAGGAAAGUCAGUGUCAGCUGCAGAGCCAGGUGUCCCAGUUGGAACAAGAAUUGGAAAAGGAGCGUACUGCCUUGUCUCAGGCCCUGAGGAGAAGGGAGGAAGAGGUGAAGGAGGCCACCCAAGAGGUCCAGAAGAAGGAAAGACAAGCUGCUGAGCUCUCUGGAUCUAUAACGCAGCUGAGCUCAGAGAUGAGUAAGUGUCGAGUGGAGCUGUCAGACAUGGACCUGGAGCUGUUACGUCUGAGAAGAGACAGCAACGCUAAAGCCUCUCAGCUCAAUCAGAUGGAGGAGACGCUCAAGGAGACCAAAGGCCAGCUGGAUAAGAAAAGUGAGAUGGUCAUCGACCUUGAAGAGAAGCUCCACCGCACCGAGAUGGAUAGGCGAAACUCACUACAGCGGGCACAGCUACUAGAGGGACAGUUGCAGGAGGUGCGUGGAGAGCUGGCAGACACGCUGGAUCACCUGCAGGAGCUGAGAGACGUGCUGCAGAGGACGCAGCUGACCUCAGAUCAGCGGCAAGCGGCAAUUGAUAAACUGUCCGCUGAUCUCAGAGAGAGACAGAGAGAGCUGGAGGAGAGGAACCAUGAGGUGUUGGAUUUGGACUCCGCUCUGAAAGAGAGACAGGGGGAGCUACAGCAGAGAGCACAGCUGCUGGGGCAACUCGAUGUGGUCAUUAAGGAACACAAACUGGAGAUGGAGAGGAAGGUUGAGUAUCUACAGGAAGCUCUGGAGAAAAGCCAGAAAGAUAUGAGAGAGAAAGACCAAAAGGUGCAGUUCUUGACGGAGAGGUUGGAGAUGCUGAAAUCCCAGCUGCAGGUUAAGGAGGAGCUGGAGAAGGGUGCUUUUGAGCAUGGGCAUCAGCUGCGUGUGUAUCGAGAGCAGCUCCAGAAGACGGUGCAGGAGCUUCAAGAAGCACGCACACGCUGUGAUGCUCUGAACAGACAACUAGAUGAUGUCACCCAGCAAGCAUGUCAAAAGGAGAAUGAAGUUGAUCAGCUGCGAGAAGAGAUGGCUGGGCUAGAGAAGCGUUCGGCACAGGCUGAGGUCAGACUUCAGGCUACUGUUACAGCCCUUCAGCACGAACUUGGGCAACAGAGAGAUGAACACCACAAAGAGCUUUCAGCACUGCAGCAGACGCGUGGGCAGCUGCUCAAGGUCUCGGAUCAGAUCUCCAGCAGCCUGCGGAACUCUCAGGAGCAGCUGGCGCAGCGACUGCAGCAGGCCCGGGAUCAGCUCGAAGAAGCCAGAGCUACGUCUGCUCGCCUACACGAAGAGCUUCACAGCAAAGAGCAGCUCCUGCAAAGUGCAAAUGAAACCCUGCUUAUCAAGGAGUCAGAGCUCACCCGUCUCCAGGCCAAGCUUUCCAGCCUCGAAAGGGCCACAGAACUUCAUAACAUCACACUUCGUCACAAACCCAGCACUCCUCCCCUUCACUCACCUCCUCUCAAAGACUCUAUUCUUCACCCCUCUUUGCCCACCUCCCAAAAAAGCUCUUCUGCACGUUCCAGCCUCUCCUCUUGGCACAACGCCUUCUCGGACACCUCUCUAGAGCUUUCGGACAGUUUGAAAGCCAGUGUGCAGGCAGCGCUGCUGCCACCCCCAUCCCCAGACCAGGCUUGGCAGGGUCUGAGCACACACGAGACCACAUCUACCACAGACAUGUCCUUUAAUCCGCUCACGUACAUGCUGGACCGUGAAGAGGAACUGGAAGAACCAGACCUGGAGAGUCUCUCAGGUAUGCUGAGGUUUGUUAACCAGACGCUGGCCCUUCAAGAGCAGCAGUCCCUCUGUGACACCAGCAUCAACAAAACAGGAACGUAAUGAAUGAAGUUGCAGCUGUGCUGAGGAUGUUUCCUAACAGAUCAAGAUUUCAUUUUCACGUCACUGAAAAACUACACAAGUUUAGCAUGCAGUUUUAUAUGUUUUGACCUGUUUGUCUCACUGUUUAG